GCCCCUGAUCGAUCAUUGGGUUUUGAAUUCGUGAUACGCUCCACAGAGACUACGAUGGCGGCACCGACGGCGUCGACGACCAAGGCGGCGCUCCGAUGCCGGUGUCUAGGUGUCGAGGUCAAAUGGCGAGUGAGCGAUGGAACGACUGUGAAGGAAGGCGACGUCGUGUUGGAUCUCGUGGCCCUUGACAAGACGACAUCGACGGCUGUGUGGUCUCCUGCGUAUGGAGUGGUGCGGCACCACCCAGAGCCGACAAACGCUUCGACGGACGGCUUGGAAGCGGACAUUGGAUGGAUCGACAUAUGCCAACACGAUGUCCUUACAUCGAAUCGCUUGAUGUGCCAGAUCUGCCUGAAACGAUUCGAAGAUGGCGGCGCCAACCACACCGUCAAAGUGAUCAUGAACGACGGCAAGGCCAUGCAAGUGAGUCACACCCAAGCCACUUUGCUUUAGAGAAACUCGACAACGACAACAUUGCGCGCAUGUUCAAGACGGAAAAGUUGACCCUCGUCCUCGACCUCGACCACACGUUGCUGCAUGCCGUGCGGCUCGAAGACGUCGUCGACCCCAUCGAGUCGUAUGUCGACAUCUUGCAUUUCGAGAUCCCGGGUAUCCCCACGCCCCAUGUGCUCAAGCUACGUCCGGGGCUCGCAACCUUCCUCUCCGACUUGGCAGCGAUGUACGAACUGUGCAUUUACACGCACGGCACGAGAAAGUACGCCGAGAAGAUCGCCGACAUCAUCGACCCGGGUCGCAAGUUGUUUGGCGGACGCAUCAUUUCCAGGUCCGACACGCCCGACAUUGGCCACAAGGACCUCAAGUUCCUCUUUCCUUCCUGCGAUGAUUCCAUGAUCAUCAUCCUCGACGACCGCAUCGACGUGUGGAGGAAAAACUACGAAAAUGUGUUUAUCAUUGAAGCAUAUCAUUACUUUAACACCCGUGCCGAAAUCAACAAUGCAUCGGGCGGCGGCGGCGGCAAGGGCAAUCUGGCUAGCGUGCCCAAGGAAGACACCCACCUGCAGAAGACGUACCGCGUACUUCAGGCGGCGCACAGUCGGUUCUAUCAACCCGGCGCAGACGAAGAAGCGCAAAUUCGCGGCCAAGGACGCAGUGUCAAGCGCAUUCUGUACGACCUCCGGCACCAAGUGCUCGCGGACGUGCAUAUUGUCUUUAGCGGGGUGAUACGACUCGACCGGCCGCCCCAAGUAGAUUACCUGUGGAAACUCGCGCUAUCAUUUGGGGCCAAACCCAGCAUGACCAUGGACGACGUUCCUAUCACACACUUGAUCAUCGACCCCCGGCGACUCGGUUCUAAAAAGUUCAUGGAUGCGAUUGCCAUGAAACAUGUGCUGGUUGUGAACCCUCAAUGGCUGGUGGACUCGGCGUCCGAGUGGCAGAGGCAAGAUGAAGCCAAGUACGCCGUGUCGUCGUCUUCCCAGCGCCCCCCGUCCUUUGCAGCCGACACCGACGUCAAGCUGGAACAGUCGGCAACCGUAAAAUUUGAAGGGGAAACAGCGACAAGAACAGACGUACCGGUGCGACCGACCUUGUUGGCAUCAACACCCGAGAAUGCAACGGAAAGCGAAGAAGGACGAGGAGGUGAUGGCCGUGAAGAGUACCCGCCAGCCACCCUCUACGACGAAAUCGACGCCAGCAUCGAUGCGGAAAGUCGGUUGCAAGAGACUACGACUGCUGUCCCCAAUGCAACGGAAACACCAGCAGCAGUAGCAACGUCUUCUCGUGAUGGUGCCGCGGGGACGACUGGGAAACCUCUCGUCAAAGGUAUCUUGUCGUCGCCGGCGUCGAUUGGAGUGCACAAGGCCAAGAAGAGCGUGCGGUUCGCGGCGGAUGUCAAGGAACCGUCGGUGCAGUUCAGCAACCUGCCCAAGCGAAGUCGAGGGGUGCAGCGGAAGGGAGGGCCGCUUCCUGCGCGGGUGACCCCCAAGGGCGUGGUCGAAAGCGGGGGAUCGCUCGAGUUUGUCACCAACCUCGUCAGCCGCAAGCCCAGGGCUGCCAGCAACGUCGCGCCGCCAAUGUUCAACCGCGUCGUGGUGGCUCCAGCACUUGCUUCGAAACGCGUGGAAACCAACGACGACGACAUAUUUAGUCGCCUGGCUCACUUGGAAGAAGAAGAAGAAGAGGAGGACAAGCCGGUAAAGCGAAAGCAGUCGGCACUGUUUCAAGAUUUGGAGGCCGCGAAGAAGGCCAAGACACUUGCGCUACAACAAGCCACCGACGACGCGGACGAUGACCUGGAUGACCUGGACGACGAAUUGUUUAGUUGAACACGGAAUAGGUUGGACGCAUAACAAAACUCUUGAACAUGAUCAAAAUCAAACACGU